AUGCCAGAAGAGCCGCAGGAGAACAGGCGCAGGUCCUUCCUGCUGCCAUCGAUCCCGACCUUCAACCUCCGCAAAGACCGCCAAUACCAGAACAAGACCGGUCGUCCAAGAUGGGUGCUGCACAUGCAAGCCACCUUCUGGCGGGUGCUCAUGAGCCUGGGCAUGUUCUUCCAUAAGCUUGCCCCUCCGCGACCACCACAUCCCAACUUCUACCGCGUCAUCGAUACGCAUGUCUCUGGGAAACCUGGACAGAUCACGCUUUACUUUUACGUACCAUCCGAUUAUGAAACACGAAGUCGGACUAUGCGUCGGUGGGGCGGAUAUCCUGUGGUGAUCAACUUCCACGGAGGAGGUUUUACACUGGGGUCGCCUCACGAUGAUGCCAGAUGGUGUGGCACUGUGGUCGCAGAGAACAACGCUGUUGUAGUAUCGGUCGACUACAGAUUGGCUCCAGAAUACCCCUUCCCAACCGCUGUGGAAGAUGGCGUGGACGCUGUAAUUUGGAUUUGGAAGCAUGCCGAAGAGCUGGGUAUCGACCGAAACAAGAUUGCCAUUUCAGGAUUCUCAUCAGGAGGAAACAUGACCUUUUCGGUUCCGAUGCGCUUGUACGAUCAACAGACUGGUUUUGCUAGGGACGAUUCAGACUUGGAGUCGGGUAACGAAGCCGUAGAUCAUGGGGAUGUCACUGUGCAUGACCCACCUCCUGGAUCUUCUGCUUCGCAUUUGACGGCUGCGUCCACCGCUACGACUGCUGUGCCUCAAAGUCAAGAGAACGAUCAACUUAUAGACCCCAACGGUCCUCCGCCCCAAACACCGAGCAGUCGUGGGAAGGCCGCGGCCACAGCCAUUGAGCGGAGCGUUACCAUACCCCAAAUCCAGAUCAAAUGCCUGGUCUCCUGGUAUCCCUCGUUAGACUACACUCGAACCCGCGAAGAACGCCGCGCAACAUGCGUACGAGCCGACCAAGAACUUCCCGCCCUCUUCACCGACCUCUUCGACGACUCAUAUCUCCACCCACCCAAAGACGUCGCUCUAGACUCACCCUACCUUUCCCCGGGCGUCGCCCCCACCUCCCUCCUCCGCAACGCCAUCCCCGAAGAAAUCAUCAUGCACACCUGCGAAUGGGACAUGCUGCUCGACGAAGGCCGAGAGUUCUACGAGCGCCUGGCGUCCGAGGAGGUCGGCAAGCAUGUCAACUACACCAUGGUCGAAGGCGUGCCGCAUGGCUGGGACAAAGCGCCGAAUCCGUGGAAGCCCACACCGGGAGUCAGGGAGCAUUAUCUGAAGGCUUGCAAGGAGAUGAGGAGGAUUAUGGGCGAGAGGAGGAAUAGUGAGAUGCCGGAGGCGCAGCCCAGGAAGAGUAUUGUAAGAUGA